AUGCACUGCCGCGAUGGCACCCUCUAUGGGAAGUUUGACGAGGAGAGCUUCAAGCUAGAGAUGGAGUACGACGCUAUCCAGCGACGUGGCCCAUCUCAGCGCACUCCGAUGACCUUCGAACAAGCCCGAAAAGUGAACAAAUUAGUUCUUACUCGAAGAUGUAUUCUAAUGCUAUAUUUCUGCCAACUAGUUCCUGGCUGGGGCAAGGUCCAACAGUACGCCAAGGACAGUUACAGAGAAGGCGGCGUCAACAUUGGCGCCAAUCCAUCUGAGCCUCCGGUUAAGCCCGCACCCAAAGGGUCCUCAAAGCCUUCUCCUAAAAGGGCUGCCAAACCUGCGCCGAAAGGUCCUGUGAAGCCCCCCACCAAGGCACCUCCCAAAUCACCAGCACCCAGACUCCCAGUCAAGGCUCCUGCUCCCAAGCCCAAGGUCCCCGCCCCGCCCAAAGCUCUAGCAUUAAUGCAACCCCCAGUUAAAAAGCCGUAG